AUGACAACAGAACAACAACAAGGAGAUAAAACAAUUAAAAAUUCCGAUGAACCUCAACUAGAUACUAAUAAAGAUGAUACGCUAUUUGAAUAUUCAAAAGUUAGUGAAAUUGAAACUGUUUCAAAAGAAAAAUUACCAAAUUCAUUAUCACAAAUUUCAGUUGAUACUCAACCAUUGAAUGAUUAUGAUAAAUCACAAGAGGCAACAAAUUCAACAGACAACACACCAACAAGUGAUAUAAAAUCUAAAACGAAUGUUCCUCCACUAAAAAAGAUCAUACGAUCAUCCAUUACAGAAACUGAAGAAGUUAAAGAAAAAUCUGUCAAAUCCUACUUUGAUACUGUUUCAUCAGCUGGUUAUCCUACAUCACCACCGGAAUUUUCUGAUUAUGUUAAGACACGUGUAACAAAUAAAUAUCCAAGUUAUUCAUCUUCUUGCAGUUCAUAUCAAUAUCAUCAUCAUGUAGAAAAUUUACCCAAAAAAUCGGAUGAAAAUAUCAAUGGUCACAGUAAUUUGACAUCACAUAAAGUUUUAUCUACGGUUACUAAAAUAGCACCAGAGAGUAAUGCACCUCAAACAAAUAAUUAUGAAAGUAUAUCAAGACCACAAAUCAGUGUCCCUAUUAAAAUACGACGUAUACCACAAGAUGUUCGGGUAAUUCAUACAUCAAAUACACCUACCUUAAAUAGAUUAGAUGAAUUUAAACGGAACUGUGAACGAGCAUCAAGACAAUGGGAACAAGUGAUCAAUAAUAAAAGUGGUAACAAAUUGACAGAAGAAGUAAUGGUUCACAGAAUAGCUGAAUUGGAAUCCUGUGUAAAAGAGGCUGAAAAUUUAUUAAAAUUAUUUGUAGCAGAAGUCCGUGAUGUACGUGCAACGGCUGAUUAUUGGUCAAAGAAAACAACAAAUUUAGAAAAAUCUUAUCAUAAUCUACAUGGGAAAGUUAAAGAUUAUCGCUUUAAUGCAAAACAAAGUGAAAAUGAAUAUUUGAAAGCUAUGGAAGAACGUGAUUACUUUUUACAAAGUCUACGAGAAUCAGAAACAAGGGAGCAAAAUUUAUCAAAUUUACUUCAACGUGUUGAAGAUGAAUAUAAUACAUUAUCAAGAGAUAUAAGAAUUUUAGAACGAGCACAUGCUAAAAAAGAUCGUCAAUUACAAAAUUUAUUAUUAGAAAAAAAUGAACUUUCUAGAAAAAUUAUACAUUUAGAAUCAACAUUGCAUAAAUUAAAAACUCGAGCAGAAUAUACAUAUCGACUAAAACACUCAUCUCAUAAAGAUGAACCCAUAAGUCGACUUCAUACCCAACUUGGCGAUGAAUCUGAAUAUGUACUAAGUGACUUCGGUUCAUCAGAUCGAAACCAAAAAAUAUACACAAUGGCCGCAUCAAUAGAUGAAAGACAGAAUAAAAACACACUAAUUGGUAUUAAUCAAAGUUUAGAUGAUUCUGAUACGUAUAUACCACAAAAAUCGGAAUUAUUCAAAGUCAGUGGAUCAGUAGAAUUAUUAGAUGGUAAAAAACAAAGCUAUUUGUCCAACAAAAACAUGUCAGACUCUUUAAUAACUACAAAAAUAAGUGAAAAUAAUAUCAAUACACAAGAUCACAAGGAUUCACUUGAUGAUCAAAAUAUUGGCUUGUCACCCACAACAAUCGGUAAUGAUGAACAGAUCCAUCAUCAAUCAGAACAUUCAAUACAACAUCGAUCAGUUGAAAAAAGUAUGGAUGAUUUAUCGGAUACUUUAGUAGAUUUAAAUAAUUUAACUAGACAAGAUGAUAUGGAUGUUGAGAUACAACCAAGAGAUUUAACAAAUAAUUAUCAUAGAAAAUGGAGUAUUGCAUCCGAUUAUCAAUAUUCUCCUAAUCAGCAUAUUAAGUCAUUAAAAAAAGAUGCUUUAUCAAAUGAAGAUGAAUCAUUAAAACAUAGAUCUCAAGUACAAGUUGUUGUUGGACGAUCACCAUCAACUGAAAAAAAACGAAGAGCAGUUCAUACCAGUCAUUCACAUAAAAAGUAUUCAUAUAAGAAAAUUUUUGAUCAACCUGUAUUACCAUCUGUAUUCAGUACUAACAGCCUUCGAUUUAAUAGACAUCGUCCAGCAUCAGUCUCUGGUUAUUUGGAUGAAUGUGCAUUAAACAGAUCAUACGAUUUAUACCCUGUACCAUCUUCAGCUAGGCCAAGUACCAGUUUCGGACACUUACAUAAUUCUAAACGUUUAAAAUCACUGGAAAGAGAUUAUUAUACAUCUUGUCAAAAUUUAAGUACAAAACCUUACUCCACUGUGAAAUUGAAUCGUCAAGUAAAUCGACAACCUCUUAUUAUUCACUCACAUUCAGAUCGUCGUUUAAGAGAUAUACAACAUUCGAAUUAUUUACGUCAUGGCAAUCGCAUGGAUAACGAAUAUGAACGAAUUUAUUUUCCCCAGUCAUAUUCAUCACAUCAUUUAAAAAUUCCAGAAAAGACAUGUUUGGAAAGUAGUUUAGAUCAUAUCAACCUUGAAGUGGAUCGUUUACGAGAUUGUAUCAAAUUAUUAAAUCCAUAA